UGCAAGUUGUAAGACAUCAUGCAUUUUCUUUGAUUCAGUGCUACCCUUUUGUCUCAAAUAGUGACAUUAAUAGGUAAGCUACUUUCUUUGAUUGAUUUUUUAUUAUCUUGAAUUUCUGGAAAUUGAAUUCAGUUUAAGUUAAUGCAUGGUUAAACGAUACAAUUAAGUAUUUCUUUGCUUUUUACAUAAUUGAAUUGAAUGGAUUGAAGUCAAUUCACCUUGUAUUAAUUUUGUGCAAUAUGGUUGUCGGCUUUGAGUAUAUUCUGUUGCCUUGUUGCUUGUGUCAGCUAUGUGAGGCAUGUGAAACUUCUGUUUCAUAUGCAUGUGUAUGCUGAAAUCCCCUGCAAGGUUGUACUACUUUAUAAGGUUUUUUUUAUUCUGCUUAAGGUGUAGUAAAGAUUCACUAAGAUUUAGGCCAUUAUUAUAGUGUCAAUAAGAUGUUGACUAUGACCUUAUACAAAUCUUGAUUCAACCCCAAAUUCUGACAAACAUGUCUGAAUUUAGGGUCUUGAACAAGACCGUUCUACCCGAAAUCGAAUAUGCAACAUGAUGUAACUGAAAGAUAUUGGAUCCUUAAUUUCAACCAGAAACUGAACGAACCCAGAUUAAUAAUUUAUGUUGAUGCAAUUAUGAGCUUGAAGCUUGGGGGUUACUCUAAGGCCUUAUUAUUUUCCCUUUUUAAAAACGUGUUUCAGGAAAGAUAUGCUCAAAUAAGGGUCAAGAAGUUCGGGACCUGUGAAACCAUUCAUACAUAUGUUAUUUCCUGAUAUUAUUAUAUUGUUAUUCACCUGCAAGAUGGGAUUUGCUGAAGCGAGUUAAUACCCACACACCCAAAAAGUUUGUGGGAAUAUUUUGAAACAGAACUUAAAUAGCUUUCCAGUUCAUGUGUACACUGUCAGACGGCUGGCAUAUGCACUCAUUGCAUGCACCUAUUGCUAAUGUUUGUGCUUAGGUGCUCAUGCUGGCAUAAUAUGCCAUUUCUGUUCCACAUAAUGAUACUUGGAAAGUGACACCUUGACAACACCAACAACACUUAGGAUGUAGGGAUCUUGCUAAUGCAUAGCACCCUAUCACCGUGGUUGGAAUUUUUGAAACGGGCCAUUUUGAUCCUUGAUGAUUUCUGGGUCUAAAGAUUCUGUAGGGGGUGCUGGAAGUAUGCCUCAUUCAUGUGGGGCAUUCUAAGACCAACUUGGGCAAUGCUGUAGUAGGGUGGACUUGUGUCUAGUGGUCAUCUUGGGUUGCAAAUUGCUGCUGUGACCAAGAUAUGUAUUGGUGAGAUUAUACCAACAUGCCUAGGCCAAAGGCUAUCAGUCAUGACUUACAACUUUCCAAGGUGGAAAACUCAGAGUGGGGCACACAUGGGUUUCUUAUGGUGACCUUACUUUUCAAUGACCUAGGAGGGCUUCACAUGUGAAAUUACAAAUAUCUCAAGGCCGUGAAGCACCCCGAGUCCUGGACCUAGGGUAAAUAGAAUCACAAAACACUGGACAAGGUGCUUCCCAGGCCGGCAUAGGUUCUAAUUAGAAUGGCCUUCAGGAACCUAAACCUGGCCAGAGCUUGUAACUUGGGGCCAUGGUGCACCCUAAACCAAGGACAUAAAAUCGCAAAGCAUUGUAGUUGAGGUGUCCUUAAGGUUUGCCGCGUUGCAAUGGUCUUAGCUCGGGAAGUGAGCUCUGGUAAAUCGUGAAAACAUCUAAUAAAUUCUGUGUGGGAAUUGAUCUGUGAAACUGAGAGGCUGUAAAUUUUUUUGUAACAAUUUAACUUUUUUCUUUUUAUUUUUCCAAAUAAAGUUCUUAUCUUUCCAAAUAAAGUUAAUUUUAUUAUCGAGCUAAAAGUACAGAUUGCAGCACCUACAACUCCUCAAAUCACUUUACAAGUUCAAAAAAAAGUUUGCAUGAAAGCACCCCCUACCUUCUAGGUCCGAGGUUAAUCACUCAUCAUUUGCAACACUAUCAUGUUCUCUUUUGCGCUACAUGCUAAACAAAAACAAAUUUUAUUUUAUACACAAUUAUGCGAAGUACUACUCUUGCAUUUCUGAUAAGAAAUCAGAUAAUUUCUCCGCAGUUAGAUCAAAUAUAGGGUAAUAAGAAAGGCCAUAUAGUAUCUUUCUAUGGUGAUGUCUCCUCCUAUCCUUAAUAAUAUUAUGAUCAUGCUCAUCUUUCAAAAUAAGCCCCUCUUUGAUAAGCAAUUUUUGAAACACUUGACUCCAUAUACUACUUGAGAAAGCAUCUAAAAAUAAAAUGCUGAGCAGUCCCAAACACUAUGACAUAAUACAAAAGUAGCCUGAUUCUGAAGGUUCUAUGUGCUUGAAUUGACAAGUGCCAAUGAGCUGCAGUGCUAAAAUCAUUUCUGUUUUGUGCAUAACAUUCUUAUAUUACUUUUAAGUUUUAACGUAUUAUGUUAUUUUGUGUACCACUUGAAAGUUGUCAAUACAAUGUUCACCAUAACCUACUUAUAUUGGAAACACUAUGGGGGUAUUCGAGGUUUUCUAUGUUAUCGGAAACGAAGGAUGUAGGUAUUUAAUUACUUAACAACUUACAGGUUGGGAAAGGAUUCCUGCCAAUUUCUCACCUUCCUUGCCUUGUUGGUGGCUACGUAGUUCAUGUGACUUAUGCAGCAGCAUGAAAUUUCUUCUCUGGCUUAUCUUUGUGGUUCAAAAAUCCUACAUCCACACUUCAUUUAAACUUUGGUUAUAUUUCUUUUCAGGUUUGUGCUGGACUUUCAUCCCGUCUUCUAGAAUACAAGUCUGAAAAUGCUCAGUUAGAGGAGCUUCUUACAUCUGAAAGGGAGCUUAGUAAAUCAUCUGAGAGUCGCAUAAAACAAUUGCAGCAGGAGUUAUCUGCUGCCAAAACAGAAGUAAACAAAGUUGAGUCAAACAUGGCUGAAGCAUUAGCCGCAAAAAAUUCUGAAAUUAAGACACUUGUCAGUUCUGUUGAGGCUCUGAAGAAGCAGGCUGCUUUGUCUGAAGGGAAUUUGGCAUCUUUGCAGGAAAAUAUGGAAACUUUAAUGAGAAACAGGGAGCUUACAGAAACACGGAUGAUGCAAGCCCUAAAGGAGGAGCUUGCCCUGGCUGAAAGACGGGCAGAAGAAGAGUGUGCAGCUCAUAAUGCCAACAAAAAGGCUGCAAUGGAGAGGGAAGUAAAGUUGGAACACCGAGCUGUUGACGCAUCUACUGGCCUUGCUAGACUGCAGGUAUGGUACUUAAGCAGCUUAAUAUGCCCCAACUUCAAGUAUCUCUUUCAGAUGAAAAUGGGGAUCUUGAGAAAAUCAGGAAACUCUAGGAUAUUCUACCUGCUGGUUACAGUAUAGGGAAACCAGAACCAUUGUUCAAGGAACUGAAAGAUGAGGAAGUGAAAAUUUUAUCGCGAUAAGUUUGCUGGAAGUCAAGCGGACAGGGCUCUGAAAGCUGCUGCAGAAAAGACUGUUGAGCAGGUGAAAAAAACAAAAAUAUCAGGUCUGGAUUCUAAGGAAUUUGGCCAAUUUUCUUAGUAAAUUAUCUUUCACAUUCUUUUUUAUUGUAAGCCUGUACGUAGCAGUGUAGACUAAUCAAUGUUCAGUAGGACUAUAGGAUUGCGUGCUUUGAGCUUUCAUCGGGUAAGGGUGUUAGGUGGAUAUGAAUGUGCUUCAUUAGAGCAAUGUUGCCAAGGUAGUAUGUUGGUAUUAAAAACAGAAGGUUACAGCAACAGUAGCACCUAGUAUAGAAUUUUAUUUUUUUUAUUUUUUUGGACGAAAAUUGUAAUAUUAUAGUCUUUUUUAAUGAAAAUAUGUAACUU